AUGGCUAGUUAAAUAGAAUAAUUCAAUAUUAAGUACAAAAAGUAUGAGGAAGAUAAGUAUAAUAAACAAAUCCUAGAUCUAUAUUUGUCAAACUUUUUGACUACAGCUAAAGUUUAAGGUUAUGAACUGUUGCUUUGUCCAGUUAAGAGACAUGGUAUACUAAAAGUUUUAGCAUUUGUUAUAGUUAGUUUCUUAUCAUUUGCAAGUUUGACCUCUUCUUUCCUCAGUUUUUUCAACUCUGUGAUUGUCUAUAUUGUAUUUGUUCAUUUGCUGGUCUUUUACAUUAUCCCUAAAGAAAUGGAAAAAGAAGCUUGGAAGUUUCUUAAAUAAAGCUUUGUUGAAGCAAUUUAUCCAAAAAUGAAAGAAUACUAUACAGUAGAGAAAAAUAGAUUAUAUUUAGCGAUUAGAGAAGAUACAGAUGAGGUAAUAGGAAUGACUUCUUAUGAAGAUAGUGUUGAUUUUGAAGUCCCUAAUUAAAUUCCCAGCUAAGGUGUUUCUCUAACUAGAGUGUCAGUAAGUGAUAAAUAUAAAGGAAGAGGAAUUGCUUCUCAACUUUCUAAGUUAAUAGAAUAAGAAGCCAAGUCAAAUGGUAAGUAAUUUAUUGCUCUCAAAGCUAUAUCAACAAAUAAGCCUGCUUAAGGUCUCUAUAAGAAGAAUGGUUACACUUACUUAAAAGUAAAAGAUCCUCAUGAAAGCUUUUUAAUGAAAGUUUCUGGAAUUGGAAGAAUAUUCAUGUAUAAAUUGCUUUGA